AUGCUUUCACCCGCAAAAAAGGCUUUGCUUUUCGCUGCUGAGCAUUUCCACGAUAAAGACUUUGGUGCACGAUCUCAAGCUCCAAAAGUUUUGGUUCUCAUUUCUGAUGGACAGGACAAUCAUCCGGAGCGAGUUCUGGAGGCUGCCAAGAAACUACAUGCCCAGGACGUUUCUGUCUUCGUCAUCGGAAUCGGCAAUGAAUCGCAGAUGAAUACAAAAAUGAUGAACCAAAUCGCAACUGAACCUGUGACUCAACACAUCAAAUAUGCUAACACUGUCGAAGGAAUCAACAAGUUCAAAAAUGCUCUGACUGGCCAAAUUUGCGAGGAUGUCAAGUCUAAGCAGUCAUGUGAUUCUGCUUCAAUGGACAUGGCCAUCGUUUUUGACGGAUCAGACUCGGUCAAAGCCGAUAAUUUCAAGAAGCUCAAGACCUGGACUGGAGAAUUUAUCGAUAAACUUGGAGUACAGGAAUACGGUGUUCAAGUUGGCCUCGUCAAAUAUGCAACCUCAAUCAUCAAAGUGUCGGACCUUUCCACCGAUAUUGCCGAAUUAAAAGAAAAAUUGAUGAAGGUGCCCUUCAUUCAAGGAAAAACAAACACGGGAGGAGCACUCGAACGAGCCCAACAGAUGCUGGCGGAAGGAAGGCCAAGUGUGCCCAAGAUUAUUUUGUUGAUCACCGAUGGUGAUGCUACGGACAAAGAAAGACUUGAUGCGCAAAUUGAAAUUCUCAAGGAGGCGAAUAUUCUUGUCUACGCGAUCGGCGUCGGUGAUCUGAUCGACCGAAACGAGUUGAACCGCAUCGCAACCGACGAAGAUUUCGUCUACGAAACACGUGAUUUCGACUCAAUCUCGAAAAUCAAGAGCUCUCUUCUUGGCCGAGUCUGUAAAAAAGCGAAGCCAAAGACUAGCGGCGUCUGCGGUGACAUUUCUGUAGAUUUGCAGUUUAUCGUCGACUCAUCUUCUUCUGUCACCAGAAAUAACUACGGUUACGCGAAGAAUUUCGUGGCAAACGUCUCCUCGGUGUUCGAUCUUCGCAGCGGUGAUGUUCAAGUCGGCGUGUUGACAUAUUCGACGAAUGUGCAUACUGACAGUGCAAUCAAACUCGGAGCCAUUCAUUCACAAGAUGACUUCGUAGAAAAAGUCGAAGCGAUGAAAUAUACAGGGGGUGACACGCACACAGGACAAGCACUAAAGUUUAUUGAAACCAAUAAUCGAUGGCGAGAAGAAGUUCCGAAGAUCCUCAUCUUCGUCACUGAUGGAACUCCUCAAGAUCGUGCAAUUGUCCCCGCUGCGGCUAAAAGUCUCCGUGCUAAAGGAGUCCGAAUUUUCGCCAUUGGAGUCGGUAAUGCUAUCGAGUCCGAGCUCCGAGAAAUCGCCUCUGAGCCCUAUGAAAAUCACGUGAUCUUCAUUCAAGGAGCCGACUACAGUGCCGUCCAACGAGUACGAGGCCACUUGGAGAGACUUGUCUCCCGCGAUCCACCUACUUAUUAUCAGACAUUCACAACGCAAAAACCUUACCAACCACCACCAAAACCAACAACCCAGAGAGCGUACGUGCCUCCAGUUCGAAAUACUCCAGCUCCAUACAUUCCUGAACCGGUCAAAACCCAAACGCCUUAUGUUGCGCCAGUAAUUGAAGAAUUCGUCGAUAAAAGUUCAUCAGAAGAAUUUGUAGGGCCAGAAACAGAGUCGAAUCGAUUUGGCUCUUAUGCUUCUGUCAACCAUUUUUCUUCUUACAGAAGAAAUGGCAAAAUUACCUCCGGUGCAAAUCUUCUCAAAACCAUGGGAUUCCGAAAUUCUAACGCUGUCCGCGGAAGUGCGCCAGGCCAUUCAGCCUGGAAGUUUGGCAGCUCAGGCUCCAGUUCCGCUGGCAAUUCUUUCGCUUCUUCCUUGUCUUCAGUCUUUCCCGGUGGACUAAGCAAAGUCUUCUCCGUCGUCUUCACCUUUUCCCUCCAAUCCCAAGAUUUCGAAGCCUUCCAAGUGCAAUACAACGGCCAAGACUACGCCUCCUUCUCAUUCCAAAACGGUGAUCUCGUCGUUCGUCGCGAAGGAGCAGAGGAUAUGAUCAGGGGCGAUCUCUUACCGAAUUUGAACGAUGGAAACUUUCACAAAAUUCAAGUGUUUUUCGACGAACUUGAUGUGACUGUUCUUGUUGAUUGCCUGCAAGUCGGAACGCUUGAUCUGCCGACUGUUCAAACGGCUGAACAACGAUCCGACUUCAAGCUCCUUUCUUCUGGUACAGGUCUCGUUCAAGACCUAGCCUUCAUCGCCGGAGUCGCCGAAGCCGAAGAAUGUUGCGAGCUUGGCCCGAACGCUCUGUGCCCAAGUCGUAUGAGCCAAGCGGACAAAAACGCAGAGUCGAGGCGAAAAACAGGAGCAGCCAAGAUCAUUUCAACCGGAAAAACAAGAAGCUGCCGCGAAUGCUGCAAGGUCGAGAACUUAUCUGAAGAGUUCCUCGUUGCACUCAAAGAAAAACUUCGAGAAAUCUGA